AUGAGUUCUUGUCCGUCGGCCAAAUUCGAGGCCUACUACCGAGAGAUUGGUUUAUGCCAUAGCGAUGAGGACUGGAACCAAUUGGUGACCUGCCUGCAAACGCCGCUCCCCAUUUCCUUUCGGAUCUUGCGAAACACGAUUCACGAAAAGUGGGUCAAGUCGUUUCUGGAGACAAACCAGCAGGCCCUGAGGAAGCUGGGAAAGGCCGAUAUGUUGGAGCCUCUGCACUUCCUGACCGCGUGUUCCACCAACUCUAGCAUUGCCACCGAGGCCGGCGUUGUCAAGACGGCCGCUGCGGCUGGGUGUAUGACGGAGGGAUGGGUUUUGAAGGCGUCGCGUGCAGAGUUGCGCCAACACGCAGAGCUAAAGGGUUUGCGAGAGUUUUUGGUGAAGCAGUCGGAAAAUGGUGUGGUGAUUCGGCAGGAGGUAGUAAGUAUGGUGCCGGCAUGUUUCUUGAUACAGGAUCUGGAGUCGGAUGAGGCACUACUACUGGACCUGUGUUCGGCACCUGGUAGUAAGACAUCGCAGUUGCUGGAGGCGUUGGAGGCGAAGAAACCGGCAAGUGUGCGGGACAUUCGAGGCGCGGUCGUAGCGAAUGACUUAAACUCGACCCGAGCCCACAUGCUUGUUCACCAUCUCAAAUAUCAAGCGUCCCCCGCCCUCAUGGUUACUCUCCACAACGCAGGUCUCUUCCCUCGACUCUGGGAACACCCGGUCCCGAACCCAGCAUCAGACCCGAACCCAGCAUCGGACCCGAACCCAGCAUCGGACCCGAACUUAGUUCCGGCCGUGCCGGAGUGUGUCAAGUUUGAUGGAGUAUUAUGCGAUGUGCCGUGUUCAGGUGAUGGCACGAUCCGGAAAGCGCAAUCGAUAUGGAAGCGAUGGAAUAGCAAUGAUGGAGUGUACUUACAUGCAUUGCAAUCGCGCAUUCUAAAGAAGGGGUUGACUUUGUGUAAGGUGGGUGGUCGUGUAGUAUACUCGACAUGUUCUUUGCACCCAGUUGAGAACGAGGCGGUCGUGGCAGCUAUAUUGAGAGUUUCUUGUGGCGCAGUCGUCGCCGAGAAGGUGCAUGUGCCCGGACUUAAGACGCGUCCGGGCCUGGCCAGUUGGCGAAUCCGUUUUAAAGAUUUAUGGUUCGACUCUCUUGAAGAUGUGCCGUCUCACUGGCAGGGCAAAAAAAUCCUCAGCUCGAUGUUCCCACCACCUGAACCAGAUCUCCAAGCCAUUCUCGAAGAUCGCUGUCUCCGCUUCUACCCACAAGACAACGAUACCGGAGGCUUCUUCGUAACCGUCUUUAGGAAAGUAAGCGAACUACCUUGGGAAUUCGGACUCCCCAGCCGGCCAUUUUCCGCAACGGAACCGCUGCCAGGGGUCGAAGAAGAUCAGGGGGAGGAAGACCAGGAGGAGGUGGGCCGUAAGGAGGUGGACCGUAAGGAGGUGGACCGUAAGGAGGUGGACCGUAAGGAGGUGGACCGUAAGGAGGUGAACUCUAAGGAGGCGAUCCGUAAGGAGGCGGAUGUGGACCCGAAGGAGUCGAAUGGAGAACCCAGAACCGGACUAAGGUCGCUUCACGAAAGAACGUUUUACAACCAGUUGGAUUUGAGCUGUAUUGCUUCGGGAUCAACGACUCUGCGGGAUCGUCUGAAUCAAUGGGCGUUUAAGCCAUUCGGAGUACCUCUCAGCCCUGACUUGGAACAGAAACUUUGGUACCGCGAGAAGGAGAAAGAGCCAGUGUUGAUACCGCCGAAAAUCUGGUAUCUAUCGGAGGGGGUGAGACGGUUGCUAAAGACCCAGACGCUCCACCGACCGCUUCGAGUCCUUCAUGCUGGUAGCAUCUGCGUCAACUCUCAUGGACCAGAGUCGUGCCGAUUCACUUCUGAUGGAUUCUUGAAGUGUGCGAACGUAGGGAGGUUAUCCGAUCAGUUGGAUAAGACGGUUGAGAUCAGGGGCCAGCCUCUUUUCAUCCGUAUCGCCGAGCAGACCAUUGUAGUAAGUAAGCAAGACUUGAAGUUAUUGAUAGACUUUGGCGCUGUUGUUUCUUCGUCUGCAACUGAAGGUCCUGUCCAGUUGGAUAAAGAUGGCUACCAGUACCGACUCCAUUACAACUCUCUGACGGAAGACAACCGAUUAAGGCGCUGGCUAGGAUCUCUGGAUGUUGGCAAACACUACAUGGUCAUCUGCGGCCUGACUGGAGAUCCAUCUAGACCAUGCCAAGUACUGAGUGACCUUGCGCACGAUAAUAUUGCCACACAUAUAGUUAGACACACACACACACAUGGGUAUAACAUCAAAAACAUUGUCAACAAAGCCACUGUUAAGGACUAUGCCACUGUUAAGGACUAUGCCACUGUUAAGGACUAUGCCACUGUUACUUUUAAGUUGUUGCGAAUAUAUUGUCGCUGUACUUUCUGUUCAUAA